UAUGGCAGUUCUUCGAACAGCUGACUUUUAUUUACUCGUAUUUUUUGCAGAUUUGUUUAUCAACAUUAGCCAAACAACUUAUAGAAAAUGAAUAUUUUACCGAAAAAAAGAUGGCAUGUGAGGACCAAAGAUAAUAUAGCACGCGUUAGAAAAGAUGAAGCAGCGGCACGUGAAGAAGAACGUAAAAAACAAGAAAAAUUGGAAUUUGCAGAAAGUGAAGCUCGUGUUAACUUUUUACGCAAACGUUCGGGACUACCGGAAAGGCAGCGAGAAGAAAAUCCCGUUUCUGAAGAAAAGACAGAAAAUGAAGUGGCCGAUAGUUCUCAGCAUGUAAAUCUAUUUGCAGAUUACAAAACUCAUGUUAAGACUACUAACAAAGAAUUGGAGAAAGAAAAAAAGGAAGAACAAGAAAAAUAUGAGAAACAAAUAGGUUAUUUAACCUAUUUGGGCCAAGAUACCAACGAAGCGUUGAGACUUAAAAGUUGGUACGAAGUAGCACCCAAACGUUUUGCAGUGGGAUCCGAAAGGGGAGAACUGAACGAAAAGGAUUUAAAGACAAAACAUAAUCAUGAUCCUUUGACUUUAAUUAAUGCUCUUUUACCGCCUGAUCCCAAGCCACUAACAAAAUCCACACCAGCAAAACGUAAAAGGAGUCCUAGCCCUCAGUCUGCCAUAAUAGAGUUGGAUCAUGAUAGACCACCAAAAAAACACAAAAAGGACAGGAAAAAACAUAAAAAGGAAAAACACAAGAAACACUCUAAAGAACACAAACAUAAAAAAGAAAAAUCUAAAGAAAAGAAAAUAAUGGAGGAACAAAUACAGAAACGCUUAAAACUAGAACAGUUGAGAAAAGAACGUAUACGCCGUGAAACUGCAGAAAAGGCUAGACAGGAAGCUUUACUGGCGCCUAAGGAAGCUAACAAGCCAGCAGAAGCGACAAGUAUUGCUACACCUAGAGUUGUACAAAAAUAUAAUAGUCAAUUUAAUCCAGAAUUGGCUAAGCAAAAUAUGAAUUAAGCCCAAAAUAAAAUGGAUAAUUUAUUUGAAUUGAAAUGCGGAAUAUUAAAUAAUUUAUAAUGCAUUAAAACUUAUUAUUAGAUUCUAUUUGUAUUCAAAGCAAAAUUGCUUUUUAUUAUAAAAUAAAUUGCGAUUACUUUUUUUUAAAGA